AUGGACGAAGUUGACCACGCCAGCAAGCUGAGAGUCCGAGACCCGGCUGGCCUGAUUGUGGUGUCCUUUGUGGGUUUCAACUUCCCGUUUCUCAAAGAAGCCUCGCCGUCUGAGGUCCAUGUCCAGCUUUUCCUUCAUGAGGCGAAGGCGAAGCGACAAGAGCUGUGGUUGAUGAGGAUGAGUCGCGAAGACCAGAAACCCCCGUGUAUCAGCCUCAAGUUUUGA